GGAGCGUUGGGAAGCAGCCGUUCAACUGGAGGUCGCACCGCGCCGCAUUGCACCGCACCGCACCGCACCGUUUCUCGUAUGCCCGCUGUCUCCGUGGAUGAAGUGACGCCCGGCUGACGGCUGAGAUUCGCUCCCGCGUCUCGCAAUUCCUGCGGGGACUGUCGCCGUUUGAAUUGGGCCAAUUCUUUUGUCCCAGCAGGCUCCAGUGAAUCAUCUGCCUUUCACCUGUGACUAUCCCAGUCUGCGGGAGAGCAACAAAUGGCUACACCGCAUCCAUCUCAGGAGCCCGUGACCUUUGCAGAGGUGGCCGUGUAUUUCAGCAGGGAGGAGUGGGCGCUGCUGGACCCUGCGCAGCGAGCGCUGUACUGGGAUGUGAUGCUGGAGACGUACGCGUGCGUGGCCUCGCUGGCCCCCAAACCUGUGGUGGUCUCCCUGCUUGAAGGAGGGGAAGACCCCUGGAACCCAGAUGUGCAUGGCCUGGAGGACAUGGCAGGAGAUCUCAGCCCAGGACAUGGAGUCACAACUGUUCAGGAGGGUGUACAGAAUUGUGAUGUGACUGAAAGGCAGUGUGGUAGUGUCUCGGUGAAAGAAAUCAGAAAGGAUAUCCAAGGGGAUCUGAAACAAGUAGAGCACCUCAAGAAGCAACAGGGAAACCCUCCAGGAGAGACUGUGAGGAAUCUGCUGGACUGCAGCACAAGUCAAAAACAGCCUAAAGAUGCAAGGAGUAAAGAAGUGUGCCAGGAGAGAAGGCAGAACCCAAGUGCUGAGUGUGGAAAAAGCCUGAAAAGGAAUUCCAGCCUUGUUAACUACUGUUGUGUACGCUCAAUGAAGAGAUUGUACAAGUGUUCAGCUUGUACAAAAAGCUUCAAAUGGAAAUCCCACCUCACCUGCCACCAGCGCAUCCACACAGGAGAGAGACCCUUCAAGUGUCCUGAGUGUCCAAAGAGCUUCAGAACUAGUUUCCACCUCACCUGCCACCAGCACAUCCACACAGGAGAGAGACCCUUUAAGCGCAUGUCAGCAAUUUGUGACGUGGUUUGACCCGGUUCUGUGACUGAUGAAGGAGGAGGAUCCACGGAUCCACGCCCCAGAAAAGGGAAAAUGGGAAAAGGAAAAAGGGGAAAGAGGAAAAGGGAAAAGGAUAGGUAGACGGGCCUAACAUCAAAACAGUGGCAGUGAUCUGAGGAGGAAAGCUCAUUUACUAGAAAUUAUAUCAGAAUACAAGAUAACACAAUAUAGUACAAUCUAAUUGGAAUUGAAGUUAAUAAAUCAAAUAAAAGUGAGAGAGAGAGUGUUCGAAAGCUGAAGGUCUUGCUCUAAUGCUGAAGGUGAGCACGCAUGCUGCCAGGAUGAGCAGAAAGUGAAAAAAGAGACAUCUUGUGAUGUGCAAACAGUUUUUAUCUUUACCUCUUACCUCUGAAUGGAAACAGAAAGUCCCCUGGGGCAUGUAGUUCUCAGAACCAGCUACCCAGAGCAGUAACUCUGUAAAUCCCAAAGCACUACACACAAUCACAGAAUCAUAGAAUGGCCUGGGUUGAGAGGGACCUCAAAGGUAUGUAUUUUCAAGCCUCUGCCAUGGGCAGGGCACCAACCAUUAGACCGGGCUGCCCAGUGCCACAUCCAGCCUGGAUGCAAUGAUGUGGAGUACUGGUAGCAAAACAUCAUAAAACUAGCACUCCAUCCCUUAUUCCACAUUACUAUAUCAUGCUCACUAUCUAAAUCUAUACAGAUUAUUCUGAGUUAACAUGUAUUAACAUGUUAUUAACGUGGUAAUAAUUGUAUUAAACGCACACACACAUAUAUAUAUAUAUAGAAUGACUGAGUACACUCUCCCAACGUCAAAUUCCCUUGUGGUGCACAUUGAACAUCCCCUCUUUCUGCAUCACCUUGAGCAAAAACAGUUCCAUUGUGAAGUUUGCCCUUUCCAGAGGCUGGAAGGACCCACACUGCUUUUCCCAAGAUGUUCUUUAUACGUACUACAGGGACUUUAUCUCCCUGUAUGUUAUGUAUGGAGCUGGAUUGGGUAGGAUCAUCAUGAUUGACCAAUCCUUGAGUGUUGACCAACCACGUGGCUUCUGCCAAAUGCUUCUCCCAGUGUUUAAAUGUUCUGCCACCCAUUGCUUUCAACACAGUUUUUAACAAGACGUAUCAUUUGAUUUUACCAGAAGCUGGUGCAUGAUAGGAGAUAUGAUAAAUCCACUCAAUGCCAUGA